GCCACCGCCCACCACGUAAAUUUUGUCCCACAUCGUGCGCUGCUCCUGUGAUAGCUGCGUUUAUCGUUUACCCUGCAGAUUAACGUAGGACCAGGAGACUUUUAAGUCAAAACGUUUGCAUUUAUUCAACGCAUCUCCUGCACACCGGUGAAACAUGAGUUACCACAAACCCGACGAGAAAACUCUUCAGGGCCUGAAAGACAUCGCUAACAAGCUCAGGAUCCUUUCCAUCAAACAGACAUGCGCCUCAAACUCCGGACAUCCCACCUCAUGCUGCAGCGCUGCGGAGCUCAUGUCUGUGCUGUUCUUCCACACCAUGCGCUACAAAGCCAAAGACCCACGUAACCCCUGCAAUGACCGAUUCAUUUUGUCUAAGGGCCAUGCUGCGCCCAUUCUGUACGCUGCCUGGGCUGAGGCUGGGUAUAUCAAAGAGUCCGAUCUGUUAAAUCUGCGCAAGAUCGACUCUGACCUGGAGGGUCACCCCACUCCUAAACUGGCUUUUGUGGAUGUGGCAACAGGGUCUCUUGGUCAAGGUCUUGGGGCUUCUUGCGGCAUGGCUUACACAGGAAAAUACUUAGACAAGUCCAGCUACCGUGUGUACUGUAUGCUGGGAGAUGGCGAGUGCUCAGAAGGGUCGGUGUGGGAGGCCAUGGCGUUUGCCUCCUAUUACAAGCUUGACAAUCUGGUGGCCAUUCUUGAUGUGAACCGGCUGGGCCAGAGUGAGCCAGCCCCACUGCAGCAUAACAUGAACACCUAUAAGGAGCGUUGUGAGGCGUUUGGUUUCAACACCUAUGUGGUGGAUGGCCAUGAUGUGGAGGAGCUGUGCAAGGCUCUGUGGCUGGCAGAGCAAUUCAAAGGGAAGCCCACCGCCAUCGUAGCUAAAACAUUUAAGGGCAGAGGUCUUAAAGGCAUUGAAGAUCAAGAUAACUGGCAUGGAAAGCCUAUGCCUAAAGAUCGUGCUGAAGAGCUUAUUAAGGACCUCAAGAGCCAGAUCCAGUCUCCCAAUAAGCACAUCCAUCCUCAGGCACCCACUGAGGAUGCUGCUGCGGUUGACGGCACCCCCGUCCACCUGCUCAAAGCUCCAGAAUACAAGAUUGGGGACAAGAUCUCUACCAGGAAGGCGUACGGUGUUGCUCUGAAGAAAAUGGGUGACGCAAGCACUCGUGUGGUGGCCCUGGAUGGUGACACCAAGAACUCGACCUUCGCUGAUAUCUUCAAAAAGGCUCAUCCUGAUCGUUUCAUUGAGUGCUUCAUUGCGGAACAAAACAUGGUAAGUGUGGCCAUCGGUUGUGCCACCCGCGACCGCACCAUUCCAUUCGCCAGCACUUUUUCUGCCUUCUUUGCUCGUGCAUAUGACCACAUCCGCAUGGCAGCCAUCUCUCAAUCCAACGUCAAUUUGGUCGGCUCGCACUGUGGCGUCUCCAUCGGUGAAGAUGGCCCCUCCCAGAUGGCACUGGAGGAUCUCGCAAUGUUCCGCGCUAUCCCAACAUGCACGGUGUUUUAUCCUAGUGAUGGCGUAUCCACUGAGAGAGCUGUGGAGCUUGCAGCCAAUACAAAGGGUAUCUGUUUCAUCCGCACCAGCCGCCCUGACACUGCUGUUAUCUACGAUCCUAAAGAGAAAUUUGAAGUUGGCAGAGCCAAGGUGGUGCGCAAGUCUGACGAUGAUAAGGUGACUGUUAUUGGAGCUGGAGUUACUCUGCAUGAGGCACUUGCAGCACAUGAACAAUUGGCCAAAGAAGGUGUGAACAUUCGGGUUAUUGACCCAUUUACUAUCAAGCCACUGGAUGCUGAAACAAUUGUGGCAAGUGCUCGUGCUACAGGAGGAAGGGUGAUCACUGUAGAGGACCACUACAAAGAGGGUGGUCUGGGCGAGGCAGUCCUGGCUGCAGUUGGUGAAGAGCCCAGCAUAGUGGUGCAGAGACUGGCUGUGAGCCACGUGCCCCGGAGCGGCCAACCACAGGAGCUUCUGGACAUGUUUGGCAUCAGUGCCAAAUCUAUCGUUGCUGCCGUCAAGCGCACGUUUGCUAACUAAACCCCCCCAUCAUUAAACAACCCUGAACUACACCCUCCUCCUAACCCAGUACUUUGAAACCAAGCUUACAACAUCAGUGUCAUUCCAGCUUUUUCACAGCAAACAUGAAAGGAUGGAGUAACCAUCUUUAGUGUGUGGUUUUCUCACUUUUGUAUUGUAGCGUGAAAGGCCCCAUAGAUUUGCUUUUCAUUUUUGAACCAGUUUAGCCUGCUGUAAAAGCUUAACAUGCUUUUAAAUGUUGAAUUUCAGGUUGGUCUUUUUCAACACCGUAAGACAUUUAACGGAUUUAAGCGUUUCAUCACCUUCCUUUAGCUUUUGACUCUGUUUGUUUAUAACUCACAAGUAAAUAUGUGGAAGAUGAUGCUUUCAGGUAGAAAAAAAAUAUGAAUUUGUUGGUGAGUGUGCGCGCGUGUGAUACAGAAUAACCCAAGUGAUUUGACUUGAGUAACUUGAUGAUGUGUCAUAUUGCAGAAAGGGUCUCUGUUAAUACUGUAAGCUUAGUUUGCACUGGAUUUGAUGUAAGGUGUUAAUAAAAGAAACUUCAUUUCAUUCAAAAGCC